GGGGUGGACAGAAGCCAUCUGUGAUUCGUGGAGUCGAGGUAGCAUCCGCCAUUGCCUAAAUGUGCCAAUAUAGAAGCAAUUUGAGAGGAACCGAACAAGAUAGCGCCCAGCGGCAUAUGUCCUGGAUGAAAUCGUGGCAGGAUCAUCUCAGUAUAUAGGAGUUUACGACCCAAUCCAGAUCCAUGGCCCAAGUUUUAUCCCGGUUUCCUCUACCCAACCACCACGACAAGCCAUUUUUAUAAUUCCUCGCCAACAACGGUAGGUACCAAGACUCCAAAAUGCAGUGGAAAGCCCUCGCCCUCUUCCUCCUCAUGGAGCGCGGGUACAGCCAAGGUGCGAUGCCGAUGAUGCGCUUCAGCUGCUCUCAGCUCGUCGUCGACCGUCUCGACCCCCUCGUAACCCCCGGCUCCAUCCCCUCGCCCCACCUGCACCAGAUCGUCGGGGGCAACUCGUUCAACGCGUCCAUGGACCCGGCGACCCACGACCUGCCGAGCCAGUCCACCUGCACCAGCUGCACCUUCUCGGAGGACUUCUCCAACUACUGGACGGCGGUGCUCUACUUCCGCGCGCGCAACGGCACGUACCGCCGCGUCCCGCAGUUCGCGAGCGAGGGCCUCCGCGCCGACGGCGGCAUCACGGUGUACUACAUCCCGACGCCGGACGGGUCGUCGCCGGUGACGGCGUUCAAGCCGGGCUUCCGCAUGCUGGUCGGCGACGCGGCGCUCACGGGCCCGGGCGACGCGCCCAAGGUCUGCCACCGCUGCAUGCCGCGCACGGGCGACAACACCAACAUCAACUGCGGCGCGCCCGACAGCCAGACGCUGCCGAGCGGCUUCUGCGACGGCGGCAUCAGAUCGGUCAUCACGUUCCCGACCUGCUGGGACGGGAAGAACACCGACAGCCCCGACCACAAGACGCACGUGGCGUACCCGAGCUCGGGGGCCCCGGGCACCGGGGUGGGCGCGUCGGGGGUGUGCCCUCAGAGUCAUCCGGUUAAGAUUCCGCAGGUCAUGCUGGAGGUUAUGUGGGAUACUCGAAUCUUCAACGACAAGAACUUAUGGCCCGAGGAUGGCUCGCAGCCGUUCGUGUGGAGCACCAACGACAAGAACGGCUAUUCGCAGCACGGCGACUACGUCUUCGGCUGGGAGGGCGACAGCCUCCAACGCGCCAUGGACGCGCGCUGCAACGGCGCCGUCUGCAGCCAGCUCAAGACCCAGUCCUCCGAGGAGGCGAUGAAGUGCACCAAGGCGCCUGUUGUGAAGGAGGAGAUUGAUGGAUGGGUGACCUCCAUUCCGGGCCAGGAAAUGUCUGCGUAG